AUAGAUUGCGCUGUAAUCAGUACUUAAAUGAUUAAUACGAUUUAUUGAUGAUAACGCCGGGUAUGAAAUUUCACAUGCUUUGCACAUUUAUUGAAGUAAACAUUUAACUCUCAGAUGGGUCAACACGUUUCAAGAACUGAUUUUGAGUGGAUUUAUACAGAGGAACCACACGCUUCACGACGUAAAAUAAUUUUAGAAAAAUAUCCACAAAUAAAAAAAUUAUUUGGAUAUGAUCCAAACUUUAAAUGGAUAGUAACAGGAAUGGUUUUAAUUCAAUUUAUAUCUUUGUUCUUUGUGAAAGACUUAAGUUAUCCAGUGCUUUUCAUUUUAGCAUAUUGUUUUGGAGGUGUAAUUAAUCAUUCUCUUAUGUUAGCAAUACAUGAAAUAGCACAUAAUCUUGCUUUUGGACAUGCUAGACCUAGAGUUAACAAAUUAUUUGGAUAUUUUGCUAAUUUACCUAUAGGUAUACCAGUAUCCAUCAGCUUUAAAAAGUAUCAUCUUAUACAUCAUCGUUAUCAAGGUGAUGAAAAAUUAGAUACGGAUUUACCAACAUUACUAGAAGCAAAAUUAUUUUGCACAACAUUUGGAAAAUUUUGUUGGUUGUGUUUACAACCUUUUUUUUAUGCAUUUAGACCACUUAUUGUUUAUCCAAUGGCACCUACAUUAUUGGAAUAUAUAAAUUUAGUAAUACAAUUUACUUUUGAUGGGUUAAUAUGGUAUUUUUUAGGUGGAAAAGUUUUAAUUUAUUUACUUCUUGGUUCAGCAAUGGCAAUGGGUUUACAUCCUGUAGCUGGACAUUUUGUAUCAGAACAUUAUAUGUAUAGAAAAGGUUUUGAAACUUAUAGUUAUUAUGGCCCACUAAAUUGGAUCACAUUCAAUGUUGGAUAUCAUAAUGAACAUCAUGAUUUUCCUGCUGUUCCAGGUUCAAGAUUACCAGAGGUCAAACGAAUAGCUUCAGAAUUUUAUGAUAACUUACCACAACAUAACUCUUGGGUUUCUGUUUUAUAUGAUUUCGUUAUGGAUCCUGAUAUAGGGCCAUAUGCAAGAAUGAAAAGGAAACAUAAGGGAUUUGCUUCAUAAAAUUUAGAUAUUUUUCAAUUUUUCAAUAAGUAAUCUUGUGAUUAGCAUCUGCAACUUAA